AUAGACUAGUGUUGUGGGAGUGUGAUGCUACAACCUCCUUAUAAAGGGAUUCGCACAUUGUGGCUUGAAAUUAGAGCACAUUGCCUAAAUUUGAGGUCUCCACAGAGUCACUGAAAAACAGCUGUCAUGUAUUCGUUGAACGUGGAGGACAUGCUUCAUGUGGCCGAGACGCCACUCUUCUGGGUCGGAGCAUUCACCGUGGCCUCACUGUCUUUGUGGGUGCUCCACCGACUCCUCCAAGGUUUUCGAAUUUGGGUCUGGGGAAAUGGACAGUUGAUCUCGCCGAAACUGGGCAAAUGGGCAGUUGUGACGGGAGCCACAGACGGCAUCGGUAAAGUCUAUGCGGAGGAGCUCGCUCGUAAAGGGUUCGCAAUGAUUCUCAUCAGUCGGUCCCAGGACAAGCUGGAUGAUGUCGCCAGGCAGCUUGAGGAGCAGUACAAGGUGGAGACCAAGACCAUCGCCGUGGACUUUGGCCUGUCGGACAUCUACCCAAAGAUCGAGGCUGGACUGGCUGGKCUGGAGAUCGGAGUCCUGGUGAAUAAUGUGGGAAUAUCCUAUCCCUACCCUGAGUACUUCCUGCAUAUUCCUGACCUGGACAACUUCAUCACCAACAUGAUCAAUGUCAACAUGACCUCCGUUUGCCAGAUGACUCGACUAGUUCUGCCCAGAAUGGUAGAGAGGUCCAAAGGUGUGGUCCUCAACAUCUCCUCUGCCAGUGGCAUGUACCCCGUCCCUCUUCUGACUGUAUACUCCUCUUCCAAGGCUUUUGUGGACUUCUUCUCCCGGGGACUUCAGGAGGAGUAUAAGGCAAAGGGAAUCAUUGUCCAGAGCGUGCUGCCGUUCUUUGUGGCGACCAAGAUGACCCGUAUCAGGAAGCCCACCUUGGACAAGCCCACCCCGGAGCGCUAUGUGGCUGCUGAGCUGACAACCAUCGGACUGCAGGACCAGACCAACGGCUACUUCCCCCACGCAGUCAUGGGCUGGCUGACCACUGUCCUGGUGCCCAUCAACCUGGUCAUUUACUUUGGGGCAAGGAUGAACCGAGCCCAGCGUACUGGCUACCUGAAGAGGAGAAAGCUGAGGGAGCUGGCCAACCAGAGUAACGGGAAGAGUGACAGGCUGAAGAGCGAAUAAGAACCCCCCCAUAGAAAAGAAUGGAGAAUGAAAGCUGACCAUAGAACUACCACUGACUAGCCCUGACUGUCCAUUUAGUUAGUAAUGUCAAAUGAUUCACGGGUGUGUUUUGAGGAUCUUUUUGUAUGUUGAAGCUAACGGAUAUCUUCCUCGGAGCCCAUAUUGACGUAACAUGACACGUCUUUUGAAUGAAGUGGUUCAGCGAUAACGCCUCUAACCAAAACGGCAGCUCUAACAAAGUGGCUGCGACAAAUACAUACUCUGCUCUCAGCACAGGGAAUAGAAAAAUAACUGUGACCAAAAAUAAUUGCAGAGAAGAAUCUUUAAAGGCCCAGUUCAGUCAAAUGUGAUUUUUCCUGUUUUAUAUUCGUUUCCACACUGAGGUUGGAAAUAAUACUGUGAAAUUGUGGUAAUGAAAAUGCCCUUUUAGUGUAAGAGCUGUUUGAAAAGACCGCCUGAACUUCAGUCUGUUUUGGUGGGAUAGAGUUUUGGUCUUCUAUGGUGACGUCACCAUGCAGUCAAUUAGUUAAUAGACCAAUAAGAAAGCGUUCCAAAUCUUUCUGCCAAUAACCGCUAAUUUUCAGUCCCCUCACUGAUUACUCCCAGACAAUCCUAGCAAAAUCCUUGCUUGAGCAAUUGCCCUUUGCUAAGAAGCUAUUUUUGGUUAUUUUUGACCAUUUUAAUUAACAAUCACAGUAAUUUACUUGUUACCCAAAACAACAUAUUUGAUAUUGAGAAACAUCUUCAUUUGACCUUUAAACAGGGUGAUUUUCGUUGACUCUGCUGUUGUAAGCAGAAUGGUGGCGGGCCAAUUUUUUUUUUAUAUAUAUUUUUAUACAUGUACGUAAAACCAAGCCGCAGGCACAUCUUCAGGUACUUCGCACAGUGUGAAGUGCAGUUUACACACUGGCUGUGCCUGAAAAGUUUACAAGCUAUCACCCCCCCCCCCCAGCUUGUUCGCCUUAACUGUCUAGCUGAGUUAUUGUCAAUCAAGAGUGUUGGCUUUUUGUGCAUAUUUAAAUUUUUUGUGUAUUUAAAAAAAAAUAAAAAAAUGUGGUGGGAUUUGUUGCACUGAUGUAUUUCGCUUUUUUUCAGUUGUCUAAACUUUAAGUAUUUUUUUUCUUCUUCCCCCCCUAUAAAAUGUAAUUGUUAUCCACAUGCCUUCCAGUUCAUGCUGGCAUUGAUCACGUCCAAUGAGAGGGAGUCUUGCACAUUGAAGGCUUUAUAUGGAGCUGUGAAUGCCCUAAAUGAUAGUAGUUCCAUUGAAAGCUAAUACUAUACACUUGCCUUACAGGCUCAGACUGUAUUGCCAAAGACUGUAUACUAUAUAUUGUGCACGAGAGCCUUUUGGAGUGGUGAGGGACUUCAACAACAUGCACAACUGUUUUUUGUUUGUCUGGGUGUUGCUCUAUGUAUGACUUGGAUCUCUGUAUGACUUGUUCUGACCGAUGUCCAGACUUGGUGCCUUAUGAAGAUCUCAGGUGUGAAACGAUACCAGUUUAUCAGGAAUUUUGGAAUUGCAAUGUACUCUGUCACUCUUGCUGUUUUGCGCCUGUACGAUUUAAUCUGAACUUUCUACUUGAUAAAUUCUGUACAAUAA